AUGGCUACCCACGUGGUCAGAAGUGCUUACAGAUCUUUGUCUGCUUCCUUCUUGCGAUCCUGCAGUAGGACUGUAGCAGUCAGGAGAGCCACCAGUAGCAGUCAGGAGGAAGAGGAGACAGACAAAAAAAUCAGCAAUGUGCAGUCGACUGAAGAUCCGUACCAUGGUAUAUCAGCCCAAUCUUUCCCAGACAAGUGUACUAGUGUCCUACUAGCAGGUGUCAAUGAGCAGGACGUGGAGAUCAAGGCAGAUGGGAUGAUCUACCUCCCUGAGAUCAAGUACAGGCGUAUUCUGAAUCGAGCGUUUGGUCCGGGAGGAUGGGCACUCAUGCCCAGAGGGGAAACAUUACACUUCCAGGGAGAGAAUGAUGGUGGUCAGCUGAUAACCAGAGAGUACGCCCUCUACUGUCUAGGACGGUUCACUGCACAAGCUGUGGGUGAGCACACCUUCUACAGUAAGAACAACCUCAGUUAUGGGAAGGCGUGUGAGUCAGCCAAGUCAAAUGCUCUCAUGAGGUGCUGCAAGGAUCUGGGUGUGGCCAGCGAACUAUGGGACCCUCAGUUUGUACGGGAAUGGAGAGGUGGGCAUGCAUCUGAUGUGUGGUGUGAGAAUGUGCGGAGCAAGGAGAAGAAGAAACUCUGGAGAAGGAAGGACAAUGGAGAAGCUUUUCCUUACCCCUGGAAGGAGGUGCAACGUACGAAAUAAAAGUACAAAUAGAAUCGCUUCAAUUAACACAUCAUAAAAUUAAUGAACUCAUGAUUGUCCUUGUUUUCCUCAUUAAAUGUACAUGUACAAUUUUGUUGGUAACUACUU